CUGGCCCCCACAACAAUAGGCCGCAGAUUAGACGGCUUUGAUUUUCUGGAUGGCCCGGGACCAGAAUCAUCUCAGCAGGUCCUGGCGACAUUCGACCACUAGACCUAGAACCAGAACUAGAACGAGUGUACUGGAGACAUCCCUGGAAUUAAGCCGCAAGGCAGUUGAAGAUCAGCUAAAGAUAUGUGGCCACAAGAGGGAUGCUGAUGUCUUUGAGCUGUUCCUCUCUCAAAAAGAACUGACAGAAGUCAUUGACCUUUCUAGGUUUAAAAAAUUAAAAUACCUAUGGCUACAUCACAACAAGCUCCAUGGAAUUAAAUUUCUAACUAGAAACUACUGUCUGACGGAACUCUAUCUAAACAACAAUGCAAUAUUUGAGAUAGAAGGACUACACUGUUUGUCUUCGCUGCAUAUUCUCCUGCUACAGCACAAUGAGUUAACCAAUAUUGAUGCAACUGUGAAGGAAUUAAAGGGAUUACUAAAUCUGAAGACUCUAAGUCUCUACCAAAAUCCUUUGUGCCAAUAUAACCUGUAUCGUUUAUAUAUAAUCUACCACCUUCCAGAAAUAGAAUUGCUUGAUAGAAAACAAGUUACAGAAAAAGAAAGAAGAUCAAUGGUUACCAUUUUUAACCAUAAAAAGGCGCAUAUUAUUCAUUCAAUAGCAUUCGGAAGAAGAAUAGAUACCUCAUGGAAUCCUAGAUCACUAAUUAAGCAAAAAACAGCCCAAAGAGUGCCUUCAGAUUUUGCAUAUGCAAAUAAUGUAGACAAAAUUCUCUUUGAUGACCCAGAAGAUGCCGUUUUUGUAAGGUCUAUGAAAAGAUCAUUGAUGGCUAUUACAUUACUGAACUGGGACACAGUUCCAACACGAGAGGAAAAAUAUUGUGAAGAGAAAGUCACAGAACCUGCUCAAAUGCUCACAGUUACACUGAGAUAACUUCUAGAAAUUCUGGUUUUCAGCUGUAAUUAAAUGCUCUAUGCCUUAGCAUGUUAUAUGUUUA